AUGGCACGCCCUUUGAUUUAUCCGAUUCUUUCCCUUGUGGCUGCUGCUACACUGGUGACGACGGCGGUGGAGGCCCUUUACGUCGUGCCACAGGGACGGCUGCGUGAGACGGGCUCCGGCUGGCACCCCUGCGAUCCGGACGUGCCGCAGUGGAGCGGCUACUUUGACAUCCCCGGCCGAGAAGGCGACAAGCACUACUUUUACUGGGCAUUUGGGCCCCGCAACGGGAACCCAGAGGCCCCUGUGCUGCUUUGGAUGACGGGUGGGCCGGGGUGCAGCUCCAUGUUUGCGUUGCUGGCGGAGAAUGGACCGUGUCUGGUGAAUGAGACCACAGGGGAUAUCUACAAAAACAACUACUCAUGGAACAAUGAGGCAUAUGUGAUUUACGUUGACCAGCCUGCAGGAGUGGGGUUCUCAUACGCAGAAGUGGAAGACUACGACUCAAAUGAGGAGGAGGUUUCGGAGGACAUGUACCACUUUCUCCAGGCGUUUUUUGGGGCCCACCAAAAACUGCGGAAGAACAAACUCUUUGUUGUUGGCGAAAGCUACGGGGGACACUACGCCCCUGCGACGGCGCACUACAUCAACAAAGCCAAUCGCGAACAUGUGGGUCUUCCCAUCCGACUUGCUGGUCUUGCGGUUGGCAACGGCCUCACAGACCCACACACACAGUACGCUGCGUAUCCGAGUUUGGCAUGGGAGUGGUGCAGGGAAAAGC